AUGGCUCCCCUCCCCAUUCUAGUUCCAGAGAGCUGGGUAUCUGCUGACACUGCCAAUUGUUCCAUAGAUAUGGACCCAAAACUUGUGUGCAUACAUCAGCAUUUCGAGCGGAUUGCCCAUCUUCAUCCAGAGUAUAUUGCCCUCGACUGGAAGGGUGAGAAGUCGCUUAAAGCCGGCUGUGCAUUUGUUCCCCUGGAUCCCGAGCACCUGAUUUGCCUCACUCAAGCAUCCCUGGCUCAAGAGGCAUCUCAUAGAUUAUCAAAUGACGAUGUGAUAGUACUUUCAGUGGACAUCUUCCUUGAUUCUCUGCCUCCAUCCUUUACUUGGAAACUGCUGCAUAUCGAGGUAGCAGGGAGCGAUAUGUGCUACGUCUUAUUCAUGAGUGGAUCUACUGGUACCCCAAAAGGGGUGAAAAUUACGCACUCUGCAGCCAUAUCAUCGGUCAUUGAUGGACCUGAGUCAAAUCAAGCUCUGCGAUGGGAGGGUUUGGCAUUACAUACCUUGGGGUUCUCGAACUAUGUCUUUGACUUUUCAAUUUGGGAUGUUUAUAUCACCCUUACAUGUGGGGGAUGUUUGUGUCUAGCACCAAAGCUUGAUAUGUUAAACGACCUCGGUGGGGUUUGCAGUUCUAUGUCUGUCACCUUCUUGGAAACCAUGCCCACUGUACUCUCUCUUCUUGACCCUAAAGACGCGCCAACACUUUGUGUUGUUAACAGUGGUGGUGAACCACUUACAAAGGCUAUAGUUGACAAAUUCAAAAAUGGACUUCCGAAUGAAUGGAAAAUAUGCUUGGGAAACCUAUAUGGGCCUACGGAGUGUACAACUGGUUCAAUCUUCUGUGUUGUUGAAGCAGAGGCCGAUCCUAGCAUCAUCGGCCAUCCAUUUGGUGGUAACCGCGUCUACCUCCUCGACGAUGAGAUGAAGCCCUGUUUCAUUGGUGAUGUGGGCACUAUCUGGCUUGGUGGUACUCAGGUGUCUCUCGGAUACCUGGGACAGGACGAUCUGAUGGCAAAGUCAUUUCGAACCGAUCCUUUCAUCACCUCCCCAGAUUCUGCUUCGGGGAACAGGAUGUACAACACUGGUGAUUUGGGCAUGUGGACAGAGGAGGGAUCAAUUCGCUGCUUGGGCUGGGCAGACUCACAGGUUAAAAUCCAUGGACAACGCAUAGAGACUGGAGAAAUUGAGAGUGUUCUCAUGAGUUACCCCCUUGUUAAAGGUGCAAGCAUCAUCAAGCGAGCCCACAGCAGGGUGGAAGAACUUGUUGCGUUUUUGGAUACAUCGGGAUCAAUACCAUUCACAGAUAUCACUGCCCGACUUAAGUUACAAUUACCUAUAUACAUGAUCCCCACUUCCUUCAUCCUUCUUGAUGGUCUUCCUAUCACAACCAGUGGGAAGGUCGAUCAUCAUACACUGGAGAGGCUAUCAUUAGCAGAGGAUCAAGUACUUUCUCCUUCUGAAAACAAGAACCUCGUAGAAAUUGCUCUUUCUGAUCUCAAUCCUGACAAUGUUCCCCUCGAUGUGGAUUUUUUCAAAUAUGGUGGUGACUCCAUCACCACUAUUCACGUAUCUGGUUGCGACUUGCAGUUGCUUGUCCACGACUUCCCAAAGGCUGGGACCGUUUGUUCACAAGCUGCCCUCAUUGUCACAUGGGAUAGAUGUCACGAAGAACCAAAAGCAUAUGAGCCUUUUGAGAUGCUAGACAAGGGAUAUCAGAACACAGUGAUUCAAGAGCUUUCGUCUCUUGGAAUAUCCAAAGAUGGUAUUGAGGAUGCUUUUCCAUCACUUGCAUCUGUAUCUGGUCUGGUCUCUCUCGCAGCUUCCAAUCCUCAAAGCUACCUCGCUUUGUAUAAAUUUCAGCGCCAGGAACCAUUUAAUCCCAGAAAAUUAAAAGAAUCAUGGAAAAUGGUCUUCCAGCGACAUGCCAUCUUUCGUACUUUGUUUAUAAUUCCUCCUAAUCCCUAUGGGGAGGUUACCCAGAUCACAUCUCGUGAUGCCGCCAUAGACACUUACACAAGGAACUGGUGCAACGUGGGGUUCUCUCUUGGGAAGGUCCCUACACGAAUUUCUCUUUUUGAAUCGCCGGAGUCUUCGGUCGUACUGUGGCAGGUCCACCACUCUCAGUAUGAUGGAUGGAGUUAUCCUAUCAUCCUCGAUGACCUAUGGAAGGCAUAUGGUGCUGUUUCUGGCUCGUUUUCCAGCUGGGAUCCUCCGGCCACCUCUUACGCUGAAUUCGUAUGGUGGGUAAAAGGCCAAGAUAGCCAGUCAGCACUUGAAUUUUGGAGGUCAGAGCUGAAAGACGCGUCUUUACUUCCGUGGCCCAGAAUUGCGCUUCACGAUGGAGCGCGGAGCGUAAUUACAACAGACGGGCUGCUCACGGACAAGUGGAAGCGUGGUUCAGAUUUGCUGCGUUUUUGUCAUGAAAGUCACGUUACCGUGUCGUCAUUUGUCCGGGCUGCUCUCGCGUUUGUUCUUGGUCUUCAUGGCCACACCGACGAUGUCCUCUUUGGUGUGGUCACUUCCGGGCGUGCUGGGGGAUUCGAUGGUGUCGAGGACGUUGUCGGCGCCUGUAUUGCUACUCUUCCUUCCCGCAUCCGCGUAUCCCCAAAUCAAAGUGCUGUCAGUUUUGUCAGAUCUGUUCAUCUCCAUUCCAUGCGCACGACUCCCUACGAAAAUGUCGGUCUAGCAGAUGUAAUAAAAAGCAGCUGUCUCGGUGACUUGCGCGACAUUUUCCAAGUGCUCCUCACAGUACAAAACCUUCCCCACCUCUGUGAAGACCCGCAGUCCUUCCUUGGUCGCAGUCUGACUGGACAUAGGAUGGAGUUGAAUUAUGCUCUGGCUGUCACGGCUUAUGUUGACCGUUCCUCGAAUCUUGACGUAGAGUUUGAGUACGACUCGAGGGUCUUGACGUCGGGGGAUGUCAGCUGGUUCCAACACCAUCUCUCUUCCACGUUUGACGCAAUAUUAGACGCUCCGGAUGAGAUUCUUCACUCCAGAGACAUCGUUACACAACACGAGCGCUCGUUUGUGCUGGCAUCUGGUGUAGGCCUUGCACCGGACCCUACAUUAGCCGAGCAGCGCUUUGUACACCUUAUGAUCGAUCAAGCCGCCUCUUCCUUUCCGUCAACCAUCGCGAUUGAACACACCAGCGGUACUGUUAUAACCUACGCUGACCUCACCCGGCUGGCCAAUCAAGCGGCGCAUGGGUUGCGCUUACGCGGGGUGCACGCGGAGACUAUGGUGCCGGUGCUUUUCGACAAGUACCGCGAUCAAACGGAAAUCGUUAUUUGUAUUUUGGCGAUAUUGAAAAGCGGAGGAGCCUUUGUUCCCCUUGAUGCAUCUUGGCCACCGGAUAGGCUCGUUGCUUGUAUUCGGCAGACUCAGUCAGAAUUUUUACUAUAUGACAGUUCUAUAAUGUCUGACACGAUCGACUCGAUUCCGGUAUACGCUUUGACGAUCGGCCAACUCGUUAUGGGGCAUGAAGACAAAACUAAAGCUCCUGGGACACCCGAACUUCGAUCAGACUCGCUUAUCUAUGUCGUUUUCACAUCCGGUACCACAGGCGAGCCUAAAGGGAUCAUGAUCACCCAUGCUAAUGUCAUUGGGUACGUGGCGAAUGGAUCAACCAUCUAUCCCAUCCAUGAUAUCGACCGGGUUCUUCAUUUUUCGCCCUUUUCUUUUGAUCAAGGCAUUGGUGACAUUUGGAUGGCUCUGACAAAAGGCUACACAUUGCUAUUAGCCGACAUGGAUGACAUGGUCAAUGACAUGUCUGCCGUCUUGAACAGUACAAAAGCUCAAUAUACAGUGCUGACCCCGCCGGUAGCAACCCUCAUAGGUGAUCAGGAGCAUCCUUGCCUUAAAGCCCUCCUCGUUGGCGGAGACCGGCUGCCUGGACAGCUUGUGGAGCGAUGGCGUGGAAAGGUGGCUUUCUUGGAUGACUAUGGUCCAUCUGAAGUGACAACGUCAUGCAUUGCUAUGCCUUUUGCAGCUGGGACGAGCACACAAGCAGGUGUCAUUGGCCGCCCUUUUGGGUCCACGCGCGCCUAUAUCGUUGAUCCCGAAAUGAACAUAGUUCCAAUUGGUGCAUGUGGCGAACUGUGUUUGUCAGGGAAUCAGGUUGCACGAGGGUAUUUGAACCUGCCAGAACGUACAAAUGCCGCAUUUAUGGAUGACCCAUUCAAUCCCGGACUUCGCCUGUAUAAAUCUGGGGAUAUCACGCGGUGGACAUCCGACGGGUAUAUCGAAUACAUCGGUCGGCACGAUGACGGAGGCUUCAUUAAACUGAGGGGACUUCGUAUAGAUGUCUCUGAAAUUGAAGAGACGCUUAUGUCCGUGAGGGGUACCGUAGCUGUUGUGGAGCUCCUCCGAUUCCAUGACCAGGAUCAUCUGGUUGCAUUCAUCGGCACGAAGCUAGCACCAGCUGGAACGGCUCAGAUUACUAUUUCCUCCGACCUGGCGUCUCUACGAGAUUGGGUCAGCAAAUUGGUGGUUGCAUGCAAGACAACAAUGCCAGCAUACGCUUUGCCAACCUUGUGGGUUGCUGUAGAUGCUAUCCCUCAAGCCAAUACAAAUAAAUGCGACAGAAAACAACUUCGUCGGUUUUUCCAGGAGCACGCCAAUCGAGUCCAAGAGAUAACAAGAACUUUAUUGCAAUGCGAAUUGCCCCGACCUCCUCGAGAUGGCUUAGAACAGUCGAUCGCUUUGAAGUGGAGUAGCGUGUUGGGCAGGAACGCUUCGUCAUUCUCGGCACACGAUGACUUUUUCAGCUUGGGCGGCAACUCCAUCAGCGCUGUUCGUUUCCUCUGGAUGCUGCGAAGAGAAGGCUGGGACAUCACGAUCAGAGAAUUCUAUGCGCGCGCGACGACAGCAGGGCUUGCCUCUUUGAUCGAAGAAAAGAAAACACAGAGCAUCGACUUUCCAUCUAGGGUUGAGCCCGCCUCGUCAACGACCAGUCAAGGUCUUGUAUUUACUGUGCAGGAGACAGACAAUCGUACGGCUGCGACAUCACUCUGGCUAUUGCACGAUGGAGGAGGGCUUGGCCGGGAAUAUAUCAAUCUGCAACCGCUCGAACGUGGCGUCUUUGCCAUUGGCAACCCGUCUUCUACGCGCGCGGAAUUGAUCUCGAGAUAUGCCUCCUGGGAUGCUUAUGUGGACGCCUAUGAUCCUCUGAUCCCAAAAGAGAAUGUCUAUAUCGGUGGUUGGUCUUUCGGAGGCAUGCUUGCGCUGGCGAUUGCCGAGAGAAGACUUCAACGAGGAGACCCUGUGAAGGGAAUUGUCUUAAUAGACUCUUACAAUACUCAAGGAUGGCGCAACGUAUCCAACUGUUCACCCGAUGACACUCCGGACAUUCUCGAUUUCUCGACCAUUCACCAGGCGCAUGUUGAUGAUCGUCUCAUAGAAAGUUUUGUAGAACCUCGUUGCGAUGUCCCUGUAUUGCUAGUUCGAGCUGGUAACGGACUUGGGACUGACGGUGACGGUUUUGUCCUACCAGAGGGUCAGAAGUGUGGGGAGCGCAAUUUUUGGUCGGAAGAUGCAUUCAAAAGCUUGGAUAUCGUGACGAUCUUUGGAGCUGGACACUACGAUCUGAUGCAGUCGGAUGAGACAGUUGGUUUGGUGUCGGAGACAAUUCGGCGCUGGUUUGGAAAUGGUCCUGUCUAGACGCCAGGUAUCUCCACGUACGGGCUCAUUACUUGUCUAAUCUAGUAACAAUCCUGUUCGCACAAAUUGGUGUAUCGUCCGUGCGGCUUGACCGUUUUUGUUUGCGUUCACCUAUGGAACUCGAAUACUUGUGUUGUGGUUCAAGGCGGUUCCUUUUCAGGAAGGAGAAACGUGUUGACUUUUCUUGCCCUUUGUAUGCUGAGAAAAUGGGAUAUAGAAAACAUAAUGAGAAACCAGUUCUACUUAGUGCUCCUUUCGCAUACAAAACAGCUUCUUUUCUGCGAAUGAAAUGCGGUUUCCUGUGUUCUGGCUGCGGGAAAUGCCUUUUUUAUUCCUCCAGUUCUUUUCCUACCUCAAAUGAGUAUGGAAGAUAUCUCA